UUCGACAUCUUCCCUCCCCAAAUUGGGGAUAAAUCGUUUCCCCUUCAGACCCCAAUUUAGGGUUAUACUAGCAGUGAACGAUUGGUGCUUUUCAGCAGGAAGUACAAUGGGGAUCCAGGGGCUUUUACCUCUACUGAAAUCGGUUAUGGCUCCGAUUCACAUAAAGGAUCUCGAGGGCUGUUCAGUUGCUGUGGACACAUACUCAUGGCUUCAUAAAGGAGCCCUUUCUUGCAGUAUGGACCUCUGCAAAUCCCAACCUACUUCCAAGCAUGUUGAUUACUGUAUGCAUCGAGUGAAUUUGUUGAGGCAUUAUGGUGUUAAACCUAUUUUAGUCUUUGAUGGAGGGCAUUUACCAAUGAAGAAUGAGCAGGAAAUUAAGCGUGCUAGGUCAAGAAAAGAAAAUCUUGCUCGUGCUAUUGAGCAUGAAUCAUGUGGGAAUACAUCAGCAGCUUAUGAAUGCUAUCAAAAAGCAGUUGAUAUAUCACCUACAAUUGCAUAUGAACUAAUUCAGGUGUUGAAACAAGAACAAAUUUCAUACGUUGUGGCUCCUUAUGAGGCUGAUGCCCAAAUGACAUUUUUAGCCCUUAGCAAGCAUGUUGAUGCUGUCAUUACUGAAGACUCAGACUUAAUACCAUUUGGUUGCCCAAGAAUUAUCUACAAGAUGGACAAAUUUGGACAAGGUGUUGAAUUUCAAUACUCAAGACUACAACAUACAAAAGAUUUAAAUUUGUCAGGUUUUACUAAACAAAUGAUUCUUGAAAUGUGCAUUCUCAGUGGUUGUGAUUAUUUACAAUCUUUACCAGGAAUGGGCUUGAAAAAAGCCCAUGCAUUAAUAAAGAAAUUCAAAACCCAUGAAAAGGUGAUUAAGCAUUUGAAGUUUAGUGCAAUUGUUGUUCCACCUCUCUAUGAAGAAUCCUUUAGGAGGGCAAUAUUGACUUUUUUACAUCAACGAGUGUAUGAUCCAAUAACAGAAGAUAUUGUUCAUUUAUCUGAUUUACCUGAUAACAUUGAUGAAGAUUUGGAUUUUUUAGGGCCAUCGAUACCUAAAAAUCUAGCAAAAGGCAUAGCAAGUGGAGAUAUUGAUCCUUUCACCAAGUUGUCAAUCCAGGGAGAGUGUGUUAAAGUUAAACCUGGACCCCUUCUUGAUAAAACAUAUGAUCUAAAAAGCUUCAAAUCUGGAGAUACAGUAAAAAAGCUCGACUUACCUGCACAGAAAAAUCUUCUAACCAAUUACUUUUGUUUUGCAACUCUGGAAGCAAAGAGGAAAUUCAUGGCUCCUCGAAUUUCACCAAAACAUCCAAAUGAAAUUCCUCAAAUGGAUAAAAAUGAAGAAAUUGUUGAUAAGAUCCCUGCAAGAAAGACUUCAAUGCUUUUGGAAUCACUAUCUCAUGACAACAUGAGAAAGGUACAACACUCAAAGCAUCCAAUACACCCCUGCAUAGCCUCACAAAAAGAAUCAGAAUCUAAUUCUUCCAUUGAUGGAAUUGAGGGCAAAACAAGGGUGCAGAAGAAACCUAUCAUUGUUAGAAGCUCUUAUUUUCAGCAUAAAAACUUAGAAGAAAAUAAUCAAGAAAACACGAAAAUGAAUGAUUCAAAAGAUGAUGAUGAUGAUGACGUGGCAGUUGCAAGCAAGAACACUUGUUCAGAUGGUGUACACGUGUCUGUUUUCCAUGCACCUGAGGUUAAGACAAGGGUAGAAAACAGGAAGAUGAUCACAAGUCGUUAUUUUAGUCAAAAGAAUCAGGAAAACACGAAUGAAAAGUCAACCAUUAAAAGGAAGUUUUCCAUUUCUGAAGAUAGUGUUCAAAAAGAAAACCUGAACCAAAAAUUCAUGAGGCCAAAUCCAUCUUCUCCUAAUCAAGGUGAUAAAGAAUAUGAUGAUAAAAUCGAAGUAACAAGAGAUGAAGAAGAGAAAUUCGGAUGUAAUAUUUCUCAUUUGGGAAAAUAUUCAGAAAUAGCAGAAAAAUCAAUGGAUAAAUUCAUUUCGGUGAUAUCGUCAUUCAAAUGCACGUCAUCUGGGUCACGUGCUAGUGGUCUACGAGCUCCUCUUAAGGACAUGCGAAACACGUGCUCAAAAAACUCAUCUUCAUAUUCAAUUGAUGAUAUAUCCAAAUUUGCGUACAAAUCAUCAACCAAGACAUUACCCUAAAUCAUUCAAUAACAUUGUUUCACUUUGACAUGAUAUUUGUAUUAAAACAUUUAUCAUUGUAUUAUUUACUGAUAAAAAUGUUCCAAUUUUUUUUUCAGGUUUUUACUUCUUGUAUUUUGCAAAUGAAAUGUAAAAAAAAUUAGAGCAAGUUAUUGCAA